CCUUGCGGGACACCGUCGCUCGCGCGCCGGCUGCGGGGUCUGGCGGCAGCUGGUCUCCGCGACAUGGCCGGCUCGGAGGCUGAGUGGGUAACCAUUGCCAAUAACCUUCUUUGUAAAUGCCACAUACAUCUGAGGAUACGUGAACUUGAAGACUGUGAUGCUCAUGUCUUUAUUGCUCUUUAUCAAUCCAUUUUGGGAGAAAAAGUACCAGACCUCAUCGCUGUUCCCAAGAGUCAAGAAGAUGAAGCCCACAAUGUACAAGCAGUGAUUGAUUCAUUGGCUUUGGAUUACCUGCAGGUCAGCUUGUCUCACAUAACAGGAGAAAAUAUAGUGAAAGGAGAUAAAGAGUCUAUCAAGAAUCUCCUAGAAAUAUUGGAUGGGCUGCUGGAAUAUCUCACAGAACACAUCAGUGAAGCGUCUUACGAGAAGAGUGAAGCUGAACGGUAUUUUAAAGACUCCCAUGGAGGAGAGCCUCUGGAGCAGGUGGAAGGUGCUAAGGAGCCCAGAUCAGCAUGGAAAAGAGUUUCUUUUGAGAGGUGCUCUUUCUCAUCUGAGGCUUUGGGCCCCUCUUGGGAUGAAGAUGAAACAGAAUCUUCUGGUGAAAUAAUUCGACUUGGAGACACAGCACACACCUUUUCUCUAAGAAGUAACAGUGCCCAGAGCCCUAUUGAUACACAGUCUAAAAAAACCUUAGCCUCACCAAGUUCUAAGCCGUGUGAGGACGUGUUGGGCACUCCCUCCUCUGCUUUCCUGUCCAAGAACGCAGCGUCCUGUGUUGAAGACAUGAAAACCCCUUCUAUGAGCGUGGUUCCAAGUGCUAGAAGGCUAGGGGAGCCCAUCCGAGCCGCUAUUCCUUUACACCCUCCCUACCACCCUUCAGAGCCUCGAGCACCCUGCCCCAUGGGGAGAGAGUACCUCUACUCAAGUCGCUUCGCCCCUGCCGUGAAUUCCGCUGCAGCACACGCAGCAUUUCCUGUGGAACCAGAUGAUACAAUUAUCUUAACUUCCACGGUGCCUAAAGAAAGUGACCAAAAAAUAUGUCCAGCUCAAGUCCUCAGCCCUAGGACAAGGAAGCUUCCAAAAGGAAAAAGAGAUGAAAGCAGAGCUGCAGCCGCCUCAUGGGAUUCACCUCUCUCCCAGAUGCCGAGAAAGAGCCUAACAGAGCAAGAGCUACACACAGUGUCAGCGAAACUGUCUCAACGGCUGUUGGAACUAGACUGGAUGUUAAAAAGUGCCCUGGGACAUCAAAUUAAAGAGAAGCUAGAGCAUAAAGAAGAUGCUGGAAAGAAAGAGGACAGCGGCGAUGAGGAGACACUCUCCCAGCACAGUGACAGCAUCAUGGAGCGCGGGCCAAAGAAGCUAAGGCCAGGACUCGCUGAGCCCAGAAAGCUGCACUUCAGAUCCCACUCGCUGUCUCCGUCUCCAGUUAGCAAACACGAGCAGUUCCCGGUGGAGAGGAAAAGGCAGCGCAAGCAGAAAGAGAGAGGCGCCCGCCAGCUCCAGGCCACGGCAUUAACUGAAGCAUUCGAAAGGGAACUAAGAAGAAACAAAGUUCAAGAGAACGUUGGCCCUCACAGGAUAAAUGAGGAGGGGCAAACAGAAAAAGUGCACAGAGAGGCUGUUCAUAAAGGAACUCCAAAACACACUCAGGCCUGGAAGGUCUCCUUCAGAAAAGCCACAACUCAGAGUGCGAGCGGCCUUCGGAAGCCAAGUAAAGCAGCUCCAAUGAAAGUGAAUGAACACAGUCUCCUGCCCCUGAUGCUGGAGCAGUUUCCAUUUCUCUCUGUCUCUGGCCCAACACUAAGCAAAAUGUGGAAGCAGCAAAUCGCACAGGUUGAACAGCUCAGAAAAGAUGCGUGCGGAGAAAAUCGAUCCAAGAAGAAGCUCCAGGAUGAAAUAGAAGAAGCUCUGAGAAGGCAUGACCUCCUGACUGCCCUUGUCAAGAAAGAAUACGAACACAGCAAGAGACUGCAAGACUUCAGGGACCGCAUUCGUAGACAGAGGUUGACCCAAUCAAAGAUAAAAGAAAACCGUCAGCAAAUUGUUCGUGCCCGAAAAUAUUACGAUGAUUACAGAGUUCAGCUGCGUGCAAAAAUGCUGAGAAUGAGGACCCGGGAAGAAAUGAUAUUUAAGAAACUGUUCGAAGAGGGCUUACAGAUUCAGAAGCAGAGAUUACGGGAUCUAAGAAGCUACGCCAGAGAAAAGCGAGAUGAAGAGAAGAGGCAGCACCAGCAGGAACUGGACGCGAUGGAGAACUACUACAAGGACCAGUUUUCAUUGCUGGCAGAAGCCAUAUCACAGGAACGUCAGGAACUCCAAGCCAGAGAGAAAGCCCAGGCCCAGACGCUGCACAGGGCGAAGAGAGAGCUGAGGUCGAAGGUGGAGCGGGAGAUCGAGCAGCUGCAGCACAUGAUCACACAGAACGACGACGACGCUUUCUUCCGGGAGCUGGAGGCGGAGCGCUUCCGAGCCCGGCUGCAGCUGGCUUCGUUUCAGUACAGUCACAGCCCCUUCCCGUGAGGCCCGGCCUGCCGGCGGGCUCCUGCACCGAGCUGGAACCGCGUCGGUAAACAGGCUAAGCCCGAGUGACUGUAAAUGCCUUACCUGUGUUUCAUUCCAGUACUUAGGAUUUUUAAAAUAAAAACUUUCCUUGAAGCGUA